ACGAGCUACACUUUCUCAAAUUAUACAAGGGAAAAAAUGUCUAAGCGCCUACAGUAUUCAUAAGCGCUGAAAGCCUGCUCUUACCUUGGAUUGUGACCGACAUCGAGGGACUUUGAGGGUUCAAACUUCAUUCUGCCGUUUUGACCUACAUUAUGGCGCUUUCUCUGCGGCGGCGAAACUUGUCUCGCAUUGUGUUUGUAGCGGCAGCUCUGUUCCUUGUUCGAGCACUCUUUUUCCCUUCUUCAGACCCAACAUCCUCGUCGCGUUCAUUCGCGACCACAACACAUUCCAACCAGAUUGAAGAGCAUAAUUUCAUCGAACGUGCCACUCGGCCAGACAAAUCAUUGAAUGUCCAGAAGCACAAGUUCUUGCAGGCGAGGAUAGGAAGAGACUCGAGACAUGAGGUGCUCGGAGACGUGAUUCGCAAUGGCAUUAAUGACUACUGGGAUAGAUUUCAGCUGCCUAUUAUGAGCAAAGACACUGCCCCUAUGGACGCUCAGCAUAUUUUGUCCGCUAUAGACCAACUCCUCUCCCUGAAUGGAUGGGUUGCGGCGCUCUGUCCAACUCUUGUUCGACCUUUCAACCAGAAUAGGCGUGAAGAUGCCUGGGAUGAUAUCAUUCGUCAAGAUCAUCUAUACUAUUUCGCCAUAGUCAUCCAUUCCGCUGACCAUUUCCUGGUUGACCAACUAGCUGUCAUCGUUCAGAUGGCAAAGAGACUGGGGACAAACAAUAUCUUUGUCUCUAUGCUGGAUUAUGACUCAAGAGACUCUACGGAAACCAUAGUUGAUCUUUGUGAAGCUGUACUCACUCUGCUGGGUGUCCCUUUCAGAAUUCGUCGGGUGCCGGGUAUGACAGAGGAUCCCAAUACUGCCUACUAUCCCCUCGAGGAGGCCCAUAUGCGAAACCUCGCUUUGGAACCUCUGAAAGAGCUGCAACACAAACGUCAGAUCAAAUUCCAUCGUGUUAUCUGGCUCAAGGGAUUUACGUGUCCUAACGAUAUCUUGGAGACAAUUAAAAUCAGUUUUGCUAAUGAUGCGGCUAUGGUCUGUGGAAUGGACUGGGCAGAACACAACGGCUUCUUCAUAUUUUCCGAUAGGUGGCGUACACGCGAUAUUGAAGGUGAUCAGUUUAGGCAAUCCAAAUCCUCUUCGAAACCGGAUGCUGUGCCUCCUCGAGACAAAGUCGGUGCUUCUCGCUACGCUCAGCAUUUCCCGUUCCAAGUCUUCUGCUGCGAAGCGGGUACUCAUGUCGUUGAUCCCGCUCAGUCGUACUACAAAGGCAUCUCCUACCGCGCCGGAACUGAUUUCCAUAAUCUCAGCACCCCAGAGGACCCGCCCGUACGAACGCCCGACUCACCAUGUUUGGAUAGCAGUCAGGCUUGGUUCUGCCGUGACUUGUGGGUACGCACUGCGCGUGAUGCAAUGGAUGAGGUUGACCGGGUGAAUGGUGGCGCUCCUAUUAGAGGGAAUAGAAAACGCGAUGUAAACCUUAUCGACGUGGCAGAGAGAGAUCCGCUCAUGGAUGAAGCCCGUGCUGCUGCUGCAGAAGAGGGGAAACAAAAACGGGAAGCUGCUGCUGCCGCUGAAGAUCCGGACGCGAAUGUUGGCUCAGACUACGAUGCCAUGUCAGACGAAGAAGGCGGUGAAGUCGUGCCUCCGCUCGAAGACAUUGAGCCCGGGAAGCUGUCCAUUCCCAAUUCUGUAUUUAGACCUGCAAGAAUCCUUGUGAACCCUAGGUGUCCAACAACGUAUGCAGGGGUUAGUCAUACACAACUCGCCCUCGAUUUGUUUGGAAAUGGAGAGAAUAAAGAGGAAGUGCGAGGUAAAUAUGUACUUGAAGAUUGGGAGGGAGCUCCCGAGAGUUUCGUGUGCCAGGAACAAAGACAAACGGGUGGCCGGAAAGCCACAAAAACUCAACGUAGACUUGGGUUCUCAAUUCACGAUGAGCUGCAGAAAUUGCAAUGAACUCAGUGGGGAUAGAUUAUUGACCUGUAUAAUUAUACUAUUCUCUUUCUGGACCACGCUUUCCCUUACUUUACAGUACCGUGCCCGAGGGCCGAAGGCCUUUAUGACCUGAUUUUAAACCCCAUGCAGGCGACUGAAAUUGCUUAGAAUUGAGGCUCACUCAGCGCAGUACUCAGCCGUGACUAAGACACGAGAUGUCACAAC